UGACCGUUAGAGGUCCUGCCUGGGGACCUAUUCUGGCAAGGCCCUGGGUUGGAGGAGGUGCCUUGAGCUGGGAGGGGAGUUACUGGGUUUCCCUCCUCCACAGUGAGAGGGGGAGCAGAACCCUCUCCAUGAGCAGACUCCUUGAAGGACACAGAGCUGAGCAGCUUAGGGUGGACAGGCCAGCUAGGAGAAGGUACCUCGGGGGUUCUCCAAACAUCUUCAGCUUCGGUCACAGCCUAUGGCUCAUGUCCCACCAGCAGAUGAGGCUCUGUGGAAUCUCAGGAAGGGAUUCUGACCAUCACAUUGCACCAGUGGAGUCUCAGAAGAGUGCAUUUCCCUCAGUGAGAACUGAAUCAGAUUAACCCCAGCUGAUGCAUUGUGGACCUCUGUGCUGGAGACCUCCGCUGACAUGACGGAAUGUGCUGAGGACACUGGCCCGAAGAGGAGGUUUUUGUGAAACUAGCCAGGCAGAAGCGUGCAGCCUCACUGUUAAUGGGAAUUCUAUCUGGCUAAGACCUUAGUCCUUGGACAGGAGUCACACCAGAUAACUUCAUCAGCAGGGAUGCUACAAAAUGGGAAGAAAUUUGAUUCAUCCGGAGACAGAAGCAAACCUUUCAAGUUCAGAAUUGGCAAGCAGGAGGUCAUCAAAGGUUUUGAAGAGGGUGCUGCCCAGAUGAGUUUGGGGCAGAGGGCGAAGCUGACCUGCACCCCUGAUGUGGCACAUGGAGCCACGGGCCACCCUGGUGUCAUCCCUCCCAAUGCCACCCUCACCUUGGACGUGGAGCUGCUCAACCUAGAGAGAAGGCAGGAAGGAACUUGAGGUGGCUGGAGACGGCUGCUGCUUCCCUCGCCUGCUCUGCCCCCGGGAUGGCUCAUGUGUGGGGCUCUGGAUCAGGGCGCUAACUUCGCUGUCUAUCCAUUCUCUCUGCCCAAGUUGCUCUGUAUGUGUUUGUCACUGUCCACACACAACUUUGCUUGAGUAAGCUUCAGUUGCAGAUCAAAGCAUUGCAGAUUGCACGUUUGUAUGAUGCAUGUAUUAGCCAAUCCCAAUCACAGAACGCAGAUUUGUUUGCACAAUCCUUACUGCCUUACCUUUACUUAAGCCGGAAACCCAAGGUGCUCAGAUAUGGCAACACAGAGGGACUUGAGCCAG